AUGGUAGCGGAGCUGGAGAAGAAGACUGGUAGCUGCGUGUGGAGCAGCACCUGGACCUCUCCGACGAGAGGACAAAUCCCCGGCAAGACGGGGAAGGGAAAAGCAAAGGCCAAGGAAAAGCCCAAGAGAGAACCAGGUCCGCGUGCAGAAGGCUUGCUGAACACCACUGUGGAAGCAGCCAGCGGUACGACCAACAGGCCGGACCACAACGAGCUGGACUACGUGGAAGGCUUGAGACUUCAGGCCGUUCCAGAACAAGAAGUACCAGAGUUUCUGGACGUGAACAGGACUGUGGUUGGUGGUCUGCCAACACACAGCAAAGCAGGAGGAGCGACCAAGCGCGUGUGGGGGAAGUUCGAGAAGGACUACCCGAGCCUCGCCAAAGUCGUACAGUCUACACCGGGUGGAAAGGCGAGAAAGUCCUUUGCCCAGGAAGAAGGAGGUCGACGAGUAGCACAAGGACUCGUUGCACCUAGGGCACAAGUCGUGCCAACCACACUGCCGCCGCCUGAGCAGCGUGGAGAGGAAGAAGUAGGAGAAGAAGAAGAAACGCACGCGGCAACCAGCGUGUGGUACUCUGUGGACGAGUUCGGGAACUUCAAGGAGGAGGUCGACGACUCGCCCGAAGAAGAGGAAAGGCCGAAGACCGAGCAAGCGUCUUCAGCGGCAAGUAGCAGCUCAGUGGGUGUCUCCGAAGUCGCCCGAGCUGUUCAGGACCUAGAGCUGAGAAGCCAGAAAGACUCAGAGGAAAGGUCGCGCGAAAGAAACCAAGAAGGACGGGACUACCAGCGUGAGGAGUUGGAGGACCGUGAAGAGCGGGACUACCAGCGUGAGGAGUUGGAGGACCGUGGAAGCAACUGGAGCGAGACAGCUUCCAGUAGCUCUACAAGCUGGUCGAGGAGUACCUGGAGUAGCAACUGGGGAAGCGACCAGUCGAGGGCUUGGGCCGGACGUAGGGAGUUUGAACGAACCUCCAAGAGUGUUUUCUCAGAAGAGGAAAAGGUCUCGAUCUUAGCGCAUGUAGCACCUCCAGAGCUUCAGCAAAGCAUCUUUAUGCACAGCGACGCGUUGGGCACUUACGCGAAGAUUCGAGACUACAUCGAGCAGUACCUCAUCAACAAGAACGUUUGGAAGAGACCGCAAGGACUGAUGGACAUGACUGUGACUGACUCAGCGGAGAGUUUGCUGUCAGUUUUCAACAUGGUGGAAAAGGGAGUCAGGUUUGAAGAAGAAAAGGAACCUGAUACCUGGAGAAUGGAGACCAAUGAGGAAGGAGAAUUCGUGGUUCGUGUGCACAACACAGCACGAUUCCAACUAUUCAGCCCAGAGCGAAUGGCUGAUCUUCCUGUUCCAAUCAAUCGACUACUACCUGGUCGACUUACCAAGAUCUAUUUCUCCGAAGAUGGAUCGCAUGUGGAAGACCAGAGUUUGUGGACAAGAAAACAGACAUCUGCCAAGAACAUGGGCAGAGAAUGGCUGGGAGAAUCGUGGUUUAGAUUGAAGCCAGAGACUGAAAUUCCUGAAAAGAAGGAUGCAGAGAUUGAAGAAGCAAAGAAAGUUGAAGGAGUACGUGACCCAGACCAAGACAUGGAUGAGUUCUUUUUGGAUUGGGUGUACGUAGAAGAUCGAGUACAACCAGAUCCAAUUGAUCAAGACCAAGCCGAACGUGAAGUGUUUCGAGAGCAAAGACAGCUUCAUGAAGAAGGAGAAGUGAAAGAACAAGCACAGGAGGUAGAUGUACCAAAGGCACCGAGUGCACAACAGCGUGAGGAGCACAGGCUUCAUCAUGCAAAUUUCGAACCUUGGUGUGAAACUUGCAUCAAAGGACAAGGACGAGGUGCACCUCAUAGAAGAAGCAAGGAAGACAAGAAAGAACACAUCAUCUACUCCGACUACAUGUUCUUCAGUGUGGAUGGUGAGAUGGUGAAUAGAAGUGAAGGAAAGAAGCAGAAAGGACUGAUCACAGUGCUGACGGCAAUUUGCAAGGACAGCCAGUAUCCCUUCGCCAUGGUGGUCCCAUCAAAAGGAGGAGGGUACUACUCAAGGGAUGCGUUGGCAGCUUGGAUCAGAGAUCUGAGAUGGAACAAAGUGACAAUACAAAUAGAUCAGGAAAAUUCCAUGAACAAGUUGUUUGACAGAGUGAGGGAUCUCAUGCCAGAAAGAGUAGAGAUUCGGAAAUCACCACGGUAUAGCUCACAGUCUCUUGCAGAUGGAGAAAUGGUGAAUGGACUGAUAGCUGGAAAGAUUCGCACAUGGCUGUGUGAGUUGUCUGAAAGCUAUGCAACGAAAAUUGGAACCGAGCACUACGUGUUCCCAUGGAUCGUGCGUCACAGCGCAUGGACUUUAGCAAGGUUUCAUGUCAACAAGAGCAAGACCACAGCGUUUCGUGUGAUAAAGGGCAGAGACUACGUGGGUGAGUUGAUACCAUUUGGAGAGACAGUGAUGGGAAAAUUUCCAAAGGUGAAAGACAAGUCUGCACCUCGAUGGACAAAAGGAAUCUAUGCAGGAAAGAAAGAAAAUUCAGAUGAGCACAUGAUGUUGACAAGUGCCGGAGCUAUUAGUUUCAGAACAGUCCGAAGAUUGCCAGUUGGAUCACAGUUCCAAGAUGCUGUGAUGGAAGUUGCGAGAGGAGUCCCAUGGAAUACAGUGUUGGGAAUCGAGAAAGCAAAGCCGGAGGCAAUCUCAUCGGAGGUGAAAGCUAUUGUGGCACCAGAAAUCGAAGGACAGGAAACCUAUGAUUUCGAGGACAAAUCGAAACAAGAGAACGAGCCGAUCUUUGAUGACAGACUAGAAGCAAUGGCGAAAGCCAAGGUGGUUCACAUACCACAACCUAUUGUACCACCAUUGCGGAAUGCACCAAGAUCAGCUCCAAGUACACCGAAAGGAGGGAAAGCACAGAAGAGCACAAAGAAGGAAGACAAAGCACCAGAGAUGCAGGUGGACGAUGAAGGAGAGAGGAUCGAGAUUGAAGAAAAGGAUUCCAAGAAGCCACGACUGGCAGAGGGUACAACCUCUAGUGCCGUACCGGGCGACACCGGAAUGAAUCCAGGACAACCUGAACUGUACCGCAUAGACACACCAACAGAUGACAACAUGAGUGCAGCGGGCACAGCGUCUCAGGACAUGGUUUCUGGAGUCAGUAACGGUGAAGUUCCAGAUGCGGAAGAAAUGAGGAAGAAAUACCAUAUGCCAGUGAACAAGGACCAUGUAUGGUUUCAGAAGUAG